AUGCGGUCAUCUAUGUUUAGGUGUGUGAGUCGUGCUCAAUACAGCACAAAUGUCACUGAAGACUUCAUUAACAGCAUAUUGGCAAGAGCUCAAGAAGCAACAGCUAAAGCCUCCUCCAAUGCUAUUAAGUUCGAUAAGAUAAAAGAGAAGAGGACGUCCAAUAAAAGCAGGGGUAGAAGUCAGAACAGGAAUAAUAGAAACUACGAUGAAGACAAGAGUGGGAACGGUGGGCAGGGAGAAAAAAAUAUGAGACUGAAUAACGGCGAUUCCGCCCAUGCCAACAGACAACCAUGGAAUAGAAAUACUAAAACGUCUUUUGUCAAAGAACCUUCUGGAAGUACAGCAGUUAUACAACCGCAGUUCAAGAAAAUGCAGAAUAACAAGAACAGUUUAAGAGGAACUUCGAAAGCGGAAGAUGAUCUGCUUGACGUUUUCAACUCAUCGACGGAGCAAAAGCAAAGACCGAAUAACUUUAAUGGUAACCAAAAAACUCAAGCAAGGUUCCAGAAAAAAAGUCAUAUUUUGACGGUGUCCAGAAGGAGAAAAACACCACAACAAGAACAGCUCCAGAGAGCCGUCAAGAGACCUGUUAGUUCUGAAUACGUUCUAGAAGAACCAACGCCCUUAUCGUUACUAGAAUAUACCCCUCAAGUUUUUCCCACAAAGGAAUCCAAGCUAAUUAACUUUACCUUGGAUAGCUUGAAGAAGUCCAAUUACCCCAUCUAUAGAUCACCCAAUUUGGGAAUUCUGAAAGUCCACGAUUUUACCUUAAAGACGCCGAAUUUCGGUAAAUAUACACCAGGAUCUUCAUUGAUCUUCGCCAAAGAACCUCAGUUGCAAAAUUUACCUCUUCAGGAGAAUUCGGAAGAUUUGCAUAAGCUCAUGAGAGGUGAAUAUCAACUUUUAAAACCAUAUGCAAGACAAGAGUUUGAAAAAUUAGCGAAAACCAAAGAUAGCUUGAAUAAGCUCGUUCAAAAUAGUCAAAUUGCAAGAUUAUCAUUGCAGUCUGUUGUCAUGGAUCCUGAAGAUAAAAAAUUGGUAUAUGAUGUUUGUUCUGGAAUAAAGCCAAUUUCUGAAUUGCAACAGUAA